AUGAAGCACAACAUGAGCGCCGCCGAGCUGAAGGACGAGGGCAACAAGUACUUUACGUUGCACAAGUACGACGAGGCGGUGACCUUCUACUCGCAGGCGAUCAAAAAGAACUCCACCGUGGCGACCUUCUACACGAAUCGAGCCCUCUGCUAUCUGAAGCAGAAGAAGUGGGAGUCCGCGGCGGAGGACUGCCGCCGGGCGCUGGCGGUGGACGCCAACCUCAUCAAGGGCCACUUCUUCCUCGGCCAGGCGCUGCUGGAGAUGGACCACUACGACGAGUCGAUCAUGCACCUCCAGCGGGCGAUGGACCUCUCCAAGGACAGCAAGCGAAACUACGGCGACGAGAUUGCCUAUCAAAUGCGAAUGGCGCGCAAGAAGCGCUGGAACGUGCUCGAGGAGAAACGCAUCAAGGAGGAGAUCGAGCUGCAGGCCUACCUGAACGGCCUCAUUCUCGCCGACAAGGAGCAGCAGCUGGCGAACCUGCGCGAGGACGUCAAGAACAAGGUGAUACCGAAUGACUCAGAGGAGGGGGAGGCGGCGGAGGCCGAGGUCCGCUCGAUGGAGCAGCUGAUCAACACGACCUUCGAGGAGCGACUUCAGUCGUGUAAUGAUCUCUUCAUGCAGGUCGACGACCGGCGAAAG